GCCUUUUAUUUUUCUUCUGUUACUCUCAUCCAAGUACCACCAACAUAAUAGUCCCAAAAAAAUGAAAAAAAAGAGGACCACAACAACAUAAUACUAACAAACAAAAAGAAAAGCAAGUUGUCUCCGUCAACCAUACCAGCAUACCAUCCCAAACCGAUUGUGGAUUCAUCCUUCUUUGCUUGCUUCCUUCCUUCAUCUCUCCUUUUCACCACUUAACCAAACCCAUCUCAUUUCUUCUCAAAUUGCCUUUAAAAGUAUUCGCUUUUAGUUAUAGUUUUACCGCCCCCACUUUAAUACUCUUUCUUUCUCUCUCUUUCUCCACUCACAUUCGGAUCCUUUUAACACCGCCCCAUUAUUGCCUUCUCGUUAAUUACGGCAAUGACUCGGCUAUUUCGAUCCAAAUCUUGCGGACUGGUCGAGUUCAACGCUGCUCCGCCCAGUCCACUUUUCCAUGAUGUAAGAAACGAGGACGAAGAUAAUGAAGAAGACGAAGAGGAAGAAGAAGAACUGGACAGCGACGACGACGACGAUGAAGAGGACGAUGAUAGGGACGAAGAUGUUUCAAGCAACCCGGUUUCAACGCCGUUCAUCAAUUCAGGGUCAAAAGUAGGUGGUGGUCUGGAUAACAAAGGUUGGCGUGGUCAUGGAUGCCAAUCGAACCAGUUUGCGAUAUUGGAUAUUUUGAUGGCUGCGUUGAAGAAGUCGCUGGUGACUUGCAGUGUGGAGAGAGAGGAUGUUUCUUCGUUGGACAUUAGCUGGCCAACAGAGGUGCGCCAUGUCUCUCAUGUUACCUUCGAUAGAUUCAACGGCUUUCUCGGUUUGCCCUCUGAGCUCGAGCCAGAGGUUCCCAAGAGGGUUCCCAGUGCCAGUGUAAAGGUAUUUGGAGUUUCUGCAAAGUCAAUGCAGUGCUCUUAUGAUGAAAGGGGAAACAGUGUUCCAACGAUUCUGCUGAUGAUGCAAAAGCGACUGUAUUCAGAGGGAGGCCUUAAAGCGGAAGGGAUAUUCCGAAUUAAUGCAGACAACAGCCAAGAAGAAUUUGUGCGCGAUCAGCUAAACAGAGGUCUGGUACCACUUGGAAUUGACGUUCAUUGUUUAUCUGGUUUAGUGAAGGCUUGGUUUAGAGAGCUUCCAACGGGGGUGCUUGAUUCCCUCAAACCCGAACAGGUGAUGCAUUGCAACACAGAAGAGGAUUGCACCAAUGUUAUGAAGUUGCUUCCUUCAACUGAAGCUGCUUUGCUUGACUGGGCAAUCAAUUUGAUGGCAGACGUUGUUGAACAAGAGCAGUUCAACAAAAUGAAUGCUCGAAAUAUUGCUAUGGUUUUUGCCCCCAACAUGACACAGAUGGCAGACCCUUUGACUGCAUUGAUUCAUGCAGUGCAAGUCAUGAACUUCCUUAAGACAUUGAUUCUGAAGACCCUUCGGGAAAGAGAGGAGUCAAUUGCGAAGGUGAGACAGAUUUCAUCGCUCUUGGAUUCUCCCUCAUGCAAAGGUGAUUCCCAUAGUCUGGAAUGUAAGAACGGGGAGGAGGAGUCUUGUGAGGAAACUAAGGAAAGUUGUACGACAAAGUCACCAGUAAAAAGCAAAUUCUCGAGGACUUCUACCUUGGGAAGAAUAGAAUGGUGCAUUGAAGAGAAACUAUGGAGAUCUGAGGAAAAGGGAAAUGGAGGGGGGGAAUCUGAAUCUGUUUCGGGUGGUAGCUCACCUUCUAGAUAUGAGAAUGGGUCAUUAGAGAAUGGAUAUAGAGGUAUAUAUGACAGUGAACAUUGGGUGAGGUUGAGGAAAGGAGUGCGCAGGCUAUGCAGACACCCUGUGUUUAAACUGAGCAAGCCAACUAAGAAAAGUGAAAGUGUUGGUAUUGUAAAUACUAGGGAAGAAGGUGGAAAGGCUUGGGUCUAAAGCAACUACUGCACGCAUGCUUUGGUUUUACGCUUGUGUGAUUGAGAUGUAUAGAUGUUCGCUUGAGAUUGAAUGUAGCCUAGCUUUAGUUGUAAUUGCUGCUUGGCUUCUUGGUAGAAUACAAUGUUUCUCACUAAUCAUUACUCCUAUAAAGAAUUUUGUUGGAUGUUACUGUUA